CCAUAUCAAAUGCCUGUCAAUACAAGAUUGAUGAACUGCAAAGAGACUACAGAGAAUCAGAUAGCUGAAUCCUUUUCAACAUCAAUAACCGCGCGAAGAUGAUGCAAUAAUCAAGCCCAAGAUAAUUCUCCAGAACGCGAAGAUAUGGAAGACCAUGAUGAACAAAGCUGCUGGUUUGAACACCCAGAGAAAUGACCUGCGGAUUGAAAGAAUAGAAAGAAGGUCAAUGAUGAUGAUGCUGCUACAUCUGUAUGCUACAAUACUGAGCAAGUCUUCUAAUGAUGCUCAUGAUGACCGCCAAUAUCGACGCCAAAACGAUGGAAAUACCGAUAACGAUGCCAGGCCCCAGUGCCUAUAUGAUGCCAGGCCCCAGUGCCUAUAUGAUGCCAGGCCACAGUGCCUAUAUGAUGCCAGGCCCCAGUGCCUAUAUGAUGCCAGGCCCCAGUGCCUACGAUGCCAGGCCCCAGUGCCUAUAGGAUGCCAGGCCACAGUGCCUACGAUGCCAGGCCCCAGUGCCUAUAUGAUGCCGGGCCACCGAUUGCUCAUAUGAUGACCUAUGCCGAGUGCCUAUAUGAUAACCAUGAUAA